UCUAUAAUCUUUUAGUGAUUUGGUUUUCCACGAGUGACAGGAUGUUGCAUUACUAUAAACCAAUUUUGUAUUGUAGCCCUUCUGUAGUGAUGACAAACGGGUGGGACGGGGCGGGUAUCUUAAUACCCAUACCCGACUCACACCAAGCGUCAGUGGGUAAUACUUGCACGGAUACGAGGCGGGUUGAUCCACUCUUACAUGUUAAAUGAGUAAUUGAGUCUAACUAAUUGAAAGAUCAAUUCUAACUAGUUGAAGAAAAGUCAAAUAGAGAAAUAUAAAUAGAUUUUAUUAAAAAUUGAGAUAUAAUGGGUCAAGAACGGGGCGGGGCGAGUAAUAUUCAUCCCAUCACGGGUGAGUCGGGUAAUACCUGGCGGGCGGAUUCAAAAUUUGCUUAGCCUUCUCUUGUCCAUUAUUUUCCGAUUGUAAGUGCAAGUGUGCCAUUUGGUUUACCAUUUGCCGAAAGCGGUCGCCCAUUUAUCUGGCGAGGUUGACCAUUUUUCAAAAGCGGACGACCGGUUGUCAGACGUGGUUUACCUUUUUCUCCAAAUCACAGUGAUUUAUUCAUCAUCAGGUCGACCAUACAUAUAAGUGGUCGACCUUUUUGUGAAUGCGGUCGACUGUUUUGUCCAACUGUCCAAGUAACAGUGACAUACCUAAAAUCCAAAUUUUAUAAACAAUUAUUUUAAUUGCUAAUCUAGCACAAUAUACUUAUAGAUAUGUUAAGUAAUCUAAACUAGCAAUGAUGAACUCAAUAACUUAUUUGCUUUACCCACCCAUAUCAUCAAAAAAUUAAUAUAUCUAAACAAAGAAAGAUUUAGAAAACAUUUUCCAACUCUAAAACAAGAGAGUAAACUCUGUAAUUGUGGGUAUUUCUAAUGUUUUUAGUGCCAUAAAAAGGAAGUUAUUGGUGCUUAUGGGAUCUACUCCAGGGACAUGCAGCUAGCAGAUCAUAGAGUUGAUGUCCCCUAGUUGACAUGGGCCAAUAAACAAGUGGCUAAUCCUAUUGCUAAGAGACUGGAUAGGGCUCUUGUAACAACUGAAUGGAUAGCUUCCUUUCCUCGUAGUGCUGUCAAGGUUAUUCCUCCUGGUUUGUCUGAUCACUGUGGUUUACUCAUACAUACUGAUAUUAAGGCUAAGACUCUUCCUAGGUCAUUCAAGUAUUUUAGUUUUUGGAACCAACAUCUAGACUUUGACAAAUUGGUUAGAGAAGGGUGAGACCAUGCAGUUUAUGGGUGUAAGAUGUUCUGUCUCUAUCAGAAACUAAAGCAGGUGAAGAUCACGUUGAAGAAGCUGAAUCGAACCCACUAUUAUGAUAUUCAUGAAAGAGUCUUAGUGGCUAGAGCAGCACUUGCAGUAGCUCAACUAGAAGGGCUGGAGCGCCCUUCUCAUGAAACUUUAGAAGCUAAACGUGGGUGCAAGGUCCAGCUUCUUGAGUUGCAAAGAGCUGAGGAACUGUUCCUACGCCAGAAAUCUAGGCAACUGUGGAUUCUCAUCUGAAUUUUUUCAGGACAACUAGUUUGUGGUGGGUAAUCUGGUAAUCCAAGUUGUCCAAGAGUUCUUUAUAUCUGGCAGAUUACUCAACUAGGUAAACAACAUAAUUAUAGCUCUUAUAGCAAAGAUUCAUAAUCAUGUACCAUGAAACAGUAUAGACACAUCUAAUGCUGCAAUUUCUUCUAUAAGUGCAUUUCUAAAAUAUUCAUAGCAUGUAGGCUUAGAGAGGUCAUGCCUUCUAUUAUUAGUCAUAAACAGGACAGGACCCCAGAAAAGCCUUGAGGGAAGUAUCUUGGCAACAUAGUUAUAGAGCACGUUGCAGCAAGAUAUUGGUUGAGUUAUUUCAUUUGAUAUGCAUUUGCUACUUUUGGAAUUAGAUAUAGGAUGGUAGAAUUCAUUUCUCUUGGCACAACACCAUUCUCAAAAAUCUCGACCCAUUUUUGUCUAAAUUACAUGUAAUUUUACUUAAAUUACUUGGGAUAUUACUUUUUAUUACCUACUAUUUUAGCUAUGAUGAGGACCCCAAUUUCUGAAAUAAUUUAACUACAUUAAAAGCUUGUUUCUUAUUUUACAUUAAAAAAUAAAUAUUUCCAAUAUUUUCCUUUUAAAUUACAAACCUAUAUGGGUUGAUCUACCCUGACCAGCGUCCCUUGUGAUAACUUACUUGAUCUACAAUUGACCUGUCACAGAUGGGUAUGGAUAUCAAGAUACCGCUACGUGCUCCAUCAUUGUCAUUCCUAAAGACAUUGAGUCAAGUGGAGUAUGUGUCACUUCUAUACUAGAGUAUUCAACUCAGCGGCGGACGUACGGGACUUUAGGGACACCCCUAAAUUUUGGGAAAUGAUUAUUUAACCCACGGUGGUAAUGUACGUAUGGAUAAAAAAAGAUAUAAUUGAUAGUGAGGGACACCCCUGAAAUUUGAAAAAAUGAUUAUUCUAUUAUCAUUUUUUAAAUUUGUGUAUGUGAAUAUAAGUGGUAGGUUGGGUAAUUCAAACCUAGAGCACUAUUAUUAUUAAUAAACUUAAUUUCCAUUAAACUACAACUCAUUUGUUGUUCAAUUUUGAACAUUGUAUCAUAGUAAAAUGUCAUUUCAUAU